AUGCCACCAACGACGAGGGACUCCUUCAGUUGCUGGGAUGGAUUUGAUGUGCUUUUCGAUAAGGCCUUUGCAUCACCUGCCACACCUUCCCAGUCCCAGUCGGAACUUGCUUUUGACAGACAUGCAGCUCCAGAACCACGACGCCAUUAUCCACAAAGCUCGUCGGGCACCACUAUUGGUCCUUCUCCUUUAGACAGGGAAUACCAAGCACUCAAUCAACUAUGGGAAACCAUUCGGCAGAGGAAAGAGCGGGAGAUGGCCAAGUCUCCUCCCAAGGUGAAGUCACUGGAAACGCCCCCAGCUGCUUCUCCGCCACCUGCGUCUGUACCUCAUAAACCAGCUCCAAAGCUGAAGAGGCGGAAGUCCGAGUAUGUUAGCCUGAUUUAA